CGCUGUACUGUGGACAAACCCGCGCUUAGUGGUGGUGGUAGUGUGGUGGUGGGGCGCUCGCUCCAAGCAAGCUCAGUCGAUCUCAACAAUACGUCCAGGAGUAACUGAGGUGGGAAUAUUAUGCGUGUAUGUAUUUGCCUGCGUCGGUCUUUCUCUCAACAGCGCUGUGAUUCGGACGGACUGAUUUGUGAGGACAAGAUCUUAAGUGCAGCCCAGGACGAGAGGGAGAGGUCGAUCGGCGUGAAAGAAAGCGGAAAGACAGUCAUUAAACCAGAUUUACAGGGCGCCACCCCAGCGGGGCAUUCUCACCCUAUGCUCCGCGGAUAAUAUCAUUACACUCCUGCUUCUUGUUUCUACAGUUUUCUUCACGGCACUUUCUGAAACAUCAAAUUAACUUCCUCUGGGCUAUGAGCGAGAGGUGUGGGAGAAUGCGGAUAUAUAAAAUACCGAUCCCUUUCUGAGUGAAACAAGUUGUUAAAUCAAACAUUAUAAGCAAAACAAAAGUCAAAUCAAGAGGUGAAAGAGUCUGAAUUUAUAGAACAAAAAGAAAAAUCAUAUUAAGCCAAUGUAAAGAAAAGACUGCGCUUAUUUUUAUGUGACACCGCGAGGCGACUAAGGUCGUGGAGAAAUGUAUACCCCCAGCUAAAUGAAGGCAACGCCCUGGACCGUUAUCUGGUUUGUAGAAAGGUGCGCGGGAGAACUUAAUAUGUGUGUGUACACAAACGUGUAUGUGCCAAGGAGCGUAUCUAACAAACCGGAAACUUUCAAGAGGACAGGUUUUUUGUCCUAUUAAUCUUUCCAGCCGAGUAGCGGAUGAGUGUGACGUGAUUCUGUGUGGAUCUACUGGUCCGUGAUACGUUUGGGAGGAGUUCCAUCCAGAAUUUGAAUUUUCCAAGUUACGAUAAACAAAGAAAUGAAUGGAGUCGAACGGUGUCGAGCAACAAGGCGUUCCAAUAUGGCUGAAUGAUACCCAGCAAUGGAUAUCUGGACUAACAAAGCGCACAACAUGUGAUGACGUCAUUUACGCAAUAUUGCACAGUUUCCAGGAUCUUGAUACUGAUUUUGCAGACCGAUAUGCCAUUGUUGAAAUAUGGCGAGGGGUUGAGAGGCCUUUGUCGGGAAGAACUAAAAUCCUCAAAGUCUGGAACUUCUGGGGUGAGGAACAGGCAAAUGUACAACUGAGCAUGCGCAGCUUGGAUGACUACUUCCUCCCGAGUGAAUGCAGUCUGCGCAUGCGUAAUGGUCAGAUACACCGGAAGGGGACUAGAAGACGGUCCCGCCAUAGUGCCCAAUGCAGGUGUCAGAAAAAGCAGUCAUGUUCCCGGUGUUCCCGCAUUCGCCACUUGGAGAAACUGGUCAAGAGAGUGGUCAGUCAGGAGAGGAAGCUACAGGACUUACAAGAGCGAAUCUCGGACAUGGACGAUCUCAUCGACAGACACGAGCAUUGGAUCCACGAAAGACGAGUUCUCCAAAACGGCCUUGACUAUGUCCAAAGGUCGUAUCUCAAAGGUCAAAGCAACAACAACUGUGGCCCAACCAACGCUGAGAAUGCUGACGUCACCAAACUGUUCGCUGACGACUUCAAGCUCGUGUUUCUGGACAGCAGCCCAAACGAGAUGCCAGAAAUCGUGCAAGUCUGUGAGCAGAUCUGGCAACUGGACGGCCAGCUGUCCGCUCGCUGGGGGGACAUAACUAGUCUGACCACGGAGCUGGAGCAACAGGCUCACGGAAAAGGGCCGGAGCUAGAGGAUGAUGACGGGACUAGAAUGGAAAUAGAGAAAUGCCGUACGCAGUUGUUCCGUCUUGUAACGUCACACCUUACCCGAGAGCACCAAGAGCUUGAGCUGGACCGGAAGUUGGCCGUAUGCGUGGAGACGCUGCGUACGCAGACAUUUGAGCUCGCAGAGUUGAACAGACAGCUGGAAUCGGUGGAUUCCUCAGAUACAGCUGUGCCUGGUCACCUCCGCUCUGAGUUUGACGUCUGCUCUCCUGGGUUUACGUCGUCUGCAACCUCAUCCCCUGUCACUCCCACACAAACAUAUUCAAGUUCAUCUCCUGAUACCUACACUUCUCACAAGAAUCCGCCAGUGAUUCCCAAGAGUCAUUACAACGCCUACCAUCACCCAGAUAGGUACCGGGGUCUACCCCAGCAGAUACAGCAGCCUGCCGGUCCGCACACGCGUGUUUUUGACCACGGAAUCUCAGAUGCAAGUAACCAAAGUCACAGUACACACUCGGCGCUUGCGUCUCGUCAAGUUUUAAAUCCUGCGAUUGAAGAUCAAAAUACUGUCGAUUUUGGAGAGAACAGCAAUCAAACUUCUGUUCCAUUCAAAUCCAUACAUAAUUCGAAUAGCAGCUACAAUAUGGACCAAACAUACGGCCGAAAUGUAGGUUCUCGUAACGUGAAUAAAAAUUAUCCUCCUUGCAAAAGUGAACAUCAGGUAUCUCCAUCUAGAGAUACUUCAUAUGGUUCAAAUGGUCAAUCCAGAACACAGAAGAGUGUUUUGUCAGUGAUCGAUUCGCCUGUUACUCAAAACGACUUUUACACGGUUAGUCACAGAAAAGAUCAGGACAGUUCAAAAACAAAAUCGAAUACUUCGUCGGAUGCUUCGAAACAAACUAGCAAUGUCAUGAUACAUAAUCCUCAUUCUCACAUAAAUGCCAACGAUAGGGAAAUGAAUGAAACAUUCCCUGAAUAUUCACGUCAAAAUACUCGAGCAGUUGACUCUCCACACUACCAAAGGAACGUGUUGGGUUAUGACAACAAAGAGUCGCCGCGAAAUAGUCAAGCAGGCUGUCCUCCUCACCCAGGUCAAACGGUACAAGAUUACUCGAAAUCAACAAACAGUUUCCAAACAUUUCGCACCAGCGACGGUCAAGAAUCAAAGGACAGCACUAGACAAGGAUCAACAAAUAGCCGGUUUCAAAUUAACCCAAGUACACGAACGCGCGCAGACGCGGGAUCUUUUGUUACUCGCGCAAACACUGACAAGUGGCCAGAUUGGACGGACGCUCGAAACUACAACCCCAUUCUUUCUAACGGGAACGACAGGCCAGAAAUGCGAGGCGGGUCCGGCGCGAAGAGGAAAGCAGACGACGUGUUUGCCCCGACCGCUCGAGUUUCCCCGGAUGGAGAAUCUGGCAAUGACAGUAAUGCCAGGGAGGACAAUUCCAAGAACAAUGGUCUCGAUUUCUCAGGGGAGUACAAGCAUGCUGGAUCAAACGGCCAAAACAGUGACCUUUACGUCAACAAAACUCAAACUGGUAGCAGCAGCUCAAACCCCACUUGCCCUCCACGGAACGUUUACUACAACGGGGGGAUCAAUUCUCAGCAGAUUUUCCCAUCACAUCACAUCACAAAUGGCGGCCCGAAUACAGGUCGGAAAAAUAACCCACCGCCGUUCAGACAGAGCCGAGAUGCGAGUUGGCCAAUUCAACAGUCCGCUGGUCAAAACAGCUCAAACCAAGGCUACGUCCCAACUCAUAAUGGCAUUUACAAAUCCAAUCUAGUCACGAGUUCGGCGCAUUCCUCUGAAACCAGAGCGAGUCUAUUCUCAAAACAAUCAAGAACGGUUCGCUUUGCUGAUAGGCCAGAAGAGAGCAUAUCCCAGCAUCCAAGAAUAAAUCCGUAUAGACCACCAGACCAAAUUCAAACCAAGAAACCUUUUGUGCUUCAUGAGCCUGCACAAGUAAGAUCAAAAGUGGGUCAGUUUGUGCCAUAUCCGCCCACUUUUGGAGUCAACAAUUCCGGAUUUGUUCUUCCAGGUAGUUGGGGGACCGGAGGCGAGCAUACUUCUGUGGACACCACCGACUCGGACACCGGCUUGGGCUCCAUGCACUCGGAUGAGCAAACAGUCACUCUCGUGUGAGAGUAAAACGUCAUGGAAUGCUAAUUGCAAGGGGAGUGCAAAGUUGGUGGUCUAAGGUCAUUGUUUUAACUGUCUCUUUCAAACGUCACUGUCUUUGUGAACCGGUGUCUGUAGUGUGGGGGAUAGGCGCUUUGCUGUCGCACGCAGAAGACCCGAGUUCGAUUCCCGAGGGGGGGAGGAAAUUUCCUUCCAGUGUCUCGGUCUUUCUAAUGGGUUGAUGGUCCCUUUCAGCUCGAGUUGGCCCUGACAGGCAGGGUGGGUGCCCGCCUCCUAAAUGAUCUAAGUUGUGUCGAUGUGGUGGUAAAACACCCUUCAUUUGUUUAGUCUUAUGACGUAAUCUGGAGCAGUUAACGAUGAUGUUCUUUUUCUAAACAUUGAUGUUAUUACCUCUGAAUGUGGUUGCUGAUACUGCCGUUUAAACGUCUUUACUAUUGUAGUUUAUUAGUUAUGUUGCACGCUGUUUUCAUAGAGAGACAGCUGUACACAGCGUAACACGACAACCUGAUUCAUAUUUUUGUCGCCCCACGUAAAGUACAGGGAGGUCAACAACAAAAACUGUACAACUUCCUUGGUUAAUAUAUUCCUACACACUGAAGUUUUGCGUUUCAAAUUUGUACACAGUAUUUGGAAGCCAAAAGGAAUGUGUCUGAUAUUCAUUUUAG